AUGGCACCUGGAAACUUCACCAACCGUGCCUGGUGGAAAGAAAGCUCAGUGUACCAAAUCUGGCCCGCAUCUUUCAAGGACUCAAACAACGAUGGCAUCGGCGACAUUCCUGGUAUCAUUUCCAAGCUAGAUUACAUCAAAAAUCUGGCCAUAGAUAUCGUCUGGCUAUGUCCAUCCUACAAAUCACCCCAGGUGGACAUGGGAUACGACAUUUCCGACUACUACGACAUCGCUGAUGAAUACGGCACUGUUGAAGAUGUCGAGAAAUUGAUUCAAGGGUGUCACCAGCGGGGUAUGAAACUGCUCAUGGAUCUGGUAGUCAACCAUACCAGCGAUCAGCAUGAAUGGUUCAAGAAAUCCCGUAGUUCCAAAGACAACGAGUAUCGGAACUGGUAUGUCUGGAAGCCGGCCAAGUAUGAUGAGCAGGGGAAUCGUCAGCCGCCCAAUAACUGGGUGUCGCAUUUCCAGGGGAGCGCCUGGAAGUGGGAUGAACAUACCCAGGAAUACUAUCUCCAUCUAUAUGCAGUUGAGCAGCCCGAUCUCAAUUGGGAACACCCACCAGUGCGCCAAGCAGUGCAUGAUAUCAUGCGGUUCUGGCUGGAUAAGGGCUGUGACGGGUUCCGAAUGGAUGUGAUCAACUUCAUUAGCAAGGAACAGAGCUUCCCCGAUGCUCCUGUCAAGGAUCCACGCACACCCUGGCAGUGGGGAGACAAGUGGUAUGCCAAUGGCCCACGUCUGCAUGAGUACCUGCAGGGUCUAGGUAAAAUCCUCAAGGAGUAUGAUGCAUUCAGUGUUGGCGAGAUGCCAUUCGUCACAGACGAGAAAGAAGUACUUCGGGCAGUCCAAUUCGAUCGCAAUGAGAUCAACAUGAUCUUCAACUUUGAACAUGUCGACAUCGACCACGGCAGAUACGACAAGUUCGAGCCUGGGAGCUGGAAACUUACCGAUCUUAAGGAUUUCUUUGAACGCUGGCAGACUUUCAUGUAUGACAAUGACGGCUGGAAUGCGCUCUAUUGGGAGAACCAUGACCAGCCACGAUCUAUCGAUCGCUACACCAACGCGGCGGAAGAAUAUCGAUUAGUCGCAUCGAAGAUGCUGGCUACUGCCCUGGCAUUGCAGGCCGGUACACCAUUUGUAUACCAGGGACAGGAGAUUGGCACGAGAAACGCCCUAGAAAUCGCACUGCAGGAAUACCAAAAGAAAUCUCGUGACAACGGCCGAACCCCAGUCCAAUGGUCCGCCGCCGAGAACGCAGGUUUCACCGGACCCGGCGUGAAGCCCUGGAUGUCCGUGAACACAGACUACCCGCGUGUCAACGCCGAAGCCCAAGUCAAAGAUCCCAACUCGACAUACCACUACUGGGCCACUGUGCUGAAAUUGCGCAAGGAGUAUCUCGAUGUCUUUGUCUAUGGCAACUUUACACUUUUGGAUAAACCGAGCCAGGAGUUCUUUGCGUAUACACGCCAGUAUAACGACCAGAAGAUUUUGAUUCUGUGUCAUUGGACUGAGAAGACGUUGGACUGGGAUGCGGCUGGCAACGGGAUCACUGGUGUGAAGAACGUUUUGCUUGAUACGUAUGAGAGUGCUGGUGCUGUUUCUCAGCGCUUCUCUGGUGGUAAAUGGUCGCUUCGACCGUAUGAAGCCGUUGUCUUGCUUCUUUGA